CGCACAACGAGUCGAGGGUGCUCGCGAUUGUUUGUUUUGUUCUUCCAUGGAGUAUGCUGGGUUGUAGCUCCAACUUCACAGUCAAUCACUUUCCGACAAUUGUUGUUCGUGUGUUUCGGAGGGAGUGUACGCUGGUUUUAAAAGCUCUCCACGGCCUUCCUACUACGGAAACUUCAUCACGCGGACCGCACGUACCUGUGAAGCCACCACCUAUGGUGCCCAAGUGACCAACCCAUUCGAGGCUGUGUUGUUCGCGUACGAUCUCCUGGGAAGGAUGCCUGGAUUUCGAUUCGAGAUUCAAUAGAAAUACGAGCGGGGCAUGGUGUCACGCCGGGCCAGGUGAUGUGCGCCGGGCCUUUGCCGCCAUUGGCCAGGGCCAAUGGGGCCCGUGCCUGCCCCGGGCUGUAGAGUGGGCGGCAGGCAUGGGGGCCAGUGCCUCGUCCCCCGACCCCCCCCGGGGGGGCCCCCCCCCGACCGGCCCAAGAAGAAGGCCCCUCUGUCGACGCUGCGCAAGCGCCUGGCACGCCGGCGCUGGAGGGCCUCCAAGUGCUUCGACCAUGCCCAGGUCUUCCACGACUUCCUCAACUCGACGGGCUGGACCGUGCGAGAGGUGGCGGCCCUGGUGCACGAGUACGAGGCCACGGCGGCGCUGCGGGAGCUGGUGGUGCAGGCGGACGCGGCCCGUCCCCUGGCCCGCUCGUGCCGGGCGGACCUGGGGCGGCUGCUGGAGAGUGGCCUGUGCGCGGAUGUGACGCUGGCCUACCGGGGCACCGAGUUCCCCGCCCACCGGGCCCUGCUGUCCGCCCGCUGCCCCUUCUUCAGGGACCUGCUGUGCGAGGGGGGCCCUCGGCAGCAGAUGAUGGUGGUGGAGAUGGACAUUCCGGGCGUGGGAGUGGACCUGUUUCGUGACCUGCUGCGCUACCUGUACACUGGGGAGCUGAGUGUGGCGGGGGAUGGGGGGGCCCUGUCCACCCUUCUGCGCCUCAGUGAGCAGUUCGGGGUGCCCAACCCCCUGGCGCACGACCUCAGGCGCCUCCUCGAAGGAGGCCACCUCGCCGAUGCCAGCCUGGUGUGGGAGGUGCCGGGAUCCGAGCAGGAGGCCCAGUUCCCGUGCCACCGGGCGGUGCUGGCCGCCCGCUCGCCCUUCUUCCGCGGGGUGGUGCAGCGCCGGUGCGGGGCAGAGGCCCCGGGGGGCCGCCUGCGGGUGGUGCUGGACGGGGGAGUGGUGCCCCUGCGCCACGCCCGGGUGCUGCUCUGGUCCCUGUACCAGGACGCCGUGGAGCUCUCCUCCCUGGCCUGUGGCCCAUCCGGGGCCUGCGGGGGCGGCUCCUUCCCUGAGGAGCUCAUGGAGCUCUACGAGGUGGCGCGGCUCCUCGAGCUGGACUCCCUCGCUCAGGGCUGCGAGGACGCCCUGGUGGAGCUGCUCAGCCCGGAGACCCUGUGCGGCGUGCUGCAGUGGAGCGAGCAGCCCCACGGCUCCCCCUGGGUCCACCGGCAGGCCCUGGGCUUCCUGGCCGAGGAGUUCUCGGCCCUGGCCCAGACCCCGCUCCUGCUCCAGCUCACCAAGGGGCAGCUGGCCACCCUGCUGCGCUCCGACUUCCUCCAGGCCAGUGAGCUGGAAAUUCUGGUGGCAGUGCUCAAGUGGGGGGAGCACCAGCUGCUUAAGAGAGUGGAGGAGAGAGCUCUGUGCAGACGCCGCGUGGCGGUGCGCCGGCGAGUGCUUCAAGACCGCCACGCUCACCGCACGGUGGUGGGACUGUCGUACCACACUUUCUUCCAAAUGGCCGUGAAUCUGCGAAAUCUCAUUGUACAAAUUCUAGGCCCCCAAAACGAGCCCAACGUGGUAAGCCAGACGGCGCACAGCGUGGCGCGGCGGGGCGCCCGUGGCCGCCGGGAACUCCUGAGCGACGGAGAGCUGCGGGAGCUGCUCUCGGAGCUGCUGUGCCAGGUGCGGACGGCGCACGUGCUGCCCCUGUCGGCGGAGGCCCUGCUGAGCGCCCAGCGCAGGGGCCUGCUGCCCCGUCCGCCGCCCUGCAUGCUGGGAGGGGAGGAGCCUCCCCCCAGGGGCGGGGCCUCGGCCGGCUGGCUGGGCACGGGAAGGGGCCCCCACGCCAGGCCCCGCCUCUUCGCCCCUUACGUCGAGGAGGCCAAGGCAUGGCUGGAGGAGCAGCUGUCGCAGGAAUGCGGCGGCCAGGGGGCGCCGCACUCGCAGGGCGGCGGCGCGUCCGCUGUAUACAGCCCCUGGCAGCACCUGUCCAACAUCCCGGACACCCUGUACAUGGUGGACAAGGCGCCGGGGUUCCGGGAGAGCUGCCCCUCCCUGCCCUCCCUCACCGCUUCGGGGACGCACAGGGGCCCGGACCCCACACUGCCCGUGCUGGGGGAGGAGGUGCUGCGGCAGAUGCGUCAGCGGGAGCAGGAGCUGCGCCAGGGGGCCGGGCGGGCCCUGUCGCUGGUGUCCGGCCGGGGGGAGGUGGGGCGCCAGCUGCAGCUGCGGGUGGUGCGGGAGAUGGGGCUGCCGGACCAGGCGGCCGCCCUGCUGGCCUGCGCCCCCGAGGAGCGGCCCCCCUCCAGGGAGAGCGCCCCCCAGGAGGCCAGGGCCCCCGCAGCCAGGGGCCGCGCCCUGCAGCCGCGGGGUCUCCUCUGCCCGCCCUCAGUGUCCUCGCGCCGCUUCCUGGACCGGCUGCAGCAGCCCCACCUGGGCAGGAGGGCCCUCCGGCUGGCCGAGCUGCAGGCCGAGAGCAGCCUGCUGAGCAAGCGCAUCCCGGACAUCGCCAUGGCAACGGCCAACCUGGAACACCUGGACUUGGCUGAGUCGGACAAGGACGACUUCGGCUCGGACGACCUCUCGCCCGUCCACAUGCUCGUAUGACCGACCCCGGGGAGGGGUGGCCGGCGCUCCAGCGGGAAGACGCACCAGCGAGGCCGACCGUUUGCCGGCCGGGCUUGCCGCACGCGGCGUGAAAGAAGAAUGCGUGCGGCAUCUGCGACGUCACGGUUCUUGGAGUGCGUGCGCCUCUGGCCGGUGCGUCUACCGCGUACCAAAAAGCGGUUCCUCGCUUCCCGCCCGAAAACGUCUUUUAAAUGCAUUGCGUCGCCGCCAGUCAGGACCUCGACGGUGUCCCAGCAGCGUUCGUGGAUCUGGCAGACGCCCGUUUCGCCGCGGGUUGCUUUCUAGCUUGACGCCCCACGGAAGCUUUCGGGAGUGGGAACGCCUUGACGACGACGCUCGCGUUCGCUCAUAUUUUUUGCCCGGACUUCUAGACCCAACUGACGGCGUGACACUCCGGCUUUUGCAAUGUCGUUCGUUGCCACUUCGGGACCAUUUUCCACGCACGGGCAGAACAGGACGCCAACGCACCGGUCGGAGACGCCUUCCGGGCAGUAAGCGAGACCGACCGUCUGCCGGCGGGGCUCGCCGCACAUGCCGCAAGAGGAGGACGUGUGCGGGGCGGGGUCUGCGACACGGUCGAGCACGAGAGCUCCUCGACGAACGGCCGCGACGUGUUGUUGGCGAUGUGAAGAACAUGCGAUUGCACGAGCGAGACUAGAGCUUCUCCAAAGUGAACGUCGUUCUUUCGCUCGAGUGGGUAGACGGUUCUACCGGAGCGCAGCGACGCUCUCUCAGCUUGUUUGCGCGAGACGGGCGACGACCAAACGCGCGGUUCUCGAGCCCGCUCAACAAGCUCACGACAGUGCUCGGCUUGCGUCUGCGACUGGUGCGUUUACUGCGACCUCGUUCGUGGCCCCUCAAUUUUCAUCCGACAACUUCGUAAAAGCCUUACGUCGUUGCCCUGGCAGUGGCGGAUGCGAUGGACACCCGUCCUGCCGUAAGUCGCCUCGCGGGUAGAUGGUCGACGGAAGUUGCGGUGGAAACGAAGUUGGACGCCGCAAAGACGGCGACCCUUGCACUUUCUGGGAUUGUGACAUCCGCGACAUACUUUGUUGCCUCUUAGAGACCUCUUUCAAUACGUGGGUGGCACGAGGCUGUAAACAGAGACGCUUUCCAGGCGACAUAGUUGUCGUGAAUGUGCAUGUCGCAGACGCGAGUAUCGAGCUUCGGCGGCGGUUUUUCUGCUGUUACGAUACUAUACGAGUCCCACAACGACUGUCGUCCGUUUACGCAUAAACAGAAAGGGGGGAACGUGGAUGUGCUCCAGGUUUUACGUAGAGAGGAGAAUCCAAAGGUGUUCUCAGUGCAAAGAAACUCGGCCGGCUAUUUAUUCGUCGCACGAUUCCCGGCGGCAGAGGGGGAGGGGCUCUCAAGUACAAAAUCCUUCCUCUGAACUCUUCGCCCGUCUUCGUCGAAAGGCGUAGACUUCGACGGCGGCAGACUUUGCGACGCAGGAGUUUGCGUCGUUUCCAAAGGACUCAAUCUGACAUGGACUCUUCUUCCAAGGUGGGAGGUGUUUGUGACGUGUACAUAUUGUGAACGAAGGUGUCAAUUUGCACGAGGCCGCUCUCUGAAACGGUGAUGCUCGCGCAGGCACCAUUGUUCGUCGACAGCCGCGUCCUAGGCAGGACGAACGGGAACCUUGUAAUAUAUUACGCAUUUGUGAUUACGAGCGAUGGUGAGCAGUGUGAAUAAAAUGAUAUUUAUACAUUUU